AUGGCGGAGGUUUUCCAGGAAGCUUCAGCAUGCCGCGACCAACAUUUGGAGGCUCUCAACGACCAGUUCCAGCGGUUAGCACAAGCCCGUCAACUGCCGGCGGCUUCACGGCCGGUCAGUCCUCCAGCUCGUGCUAUCUCCGGUCCGGAACCUCGCCUUAACGCUCCCGAACGGUUCUCCGGAGCUCCAGGUACCUGCUGGUCCUUCCUUACUCUCUGUUCUUUGACUUUUGAACUGCAGCCUCUCACAUAUCCCACCGAGAGGUCGAGAGUGGCUUGUAUGAUCACCCAGCUUUCGGGACGGGCACGUGACUGGGGAACCCCCGAGUGGGAGAAGCAGUCGGCGAUCUGUUCUUCCGUGUCAGCGGUCUCCGAUGGUCUCCGGAAGGUUUUUGACCAUGCUACCCCCGGCCGAGAGGCUGCUCGUGGACUUUUCAACCUGAUCCAGGGGAGUCGGCGAACGGUGGAUUAUUCCAUUGAUUUCCGGACUCUCGCUGCUGAGAGCGAUUGGAAUUCCUCCUCGCUGAUGGACGACAGCAGCGCCAGAGGGAGAACUGCUGCAUGUACUCUCUUCUGCAAAGGACAGACUAACACAGUCUCUGUCUUUAUUGACUCUGGGGCCAACACCAAUCUCCUGGACCGUACUUUUGCCAUGCAGCUGGGUAUUGAGCAGGAGCCUUUGAUCCAACCCAUCAAGGCCACUGCUCUGGAUGGGCGCCUCAUCUGCACAGUAACCCACCGCACCAUUCCUCUCCGUCUGGGCAUCCCCUCUCCUCCUAAUGAGUUUCCAGAUCUUACAGGAGUUCCAUCAGAAUACCAGGACGUUAAGGAGGUGUUUAACAAAGCACGGGCCACUUCGCUUCCCCCUCAUCACCCGUAUGACUGCGCCAUUGAUCUCCUCCCUGCCACUGCGAUCUUCCAGGCUAUGGUAAACGAUGUUCUCCGGGAUUUUCUUAAUAUUUUUGUGUUUGUUUACCUCGACGAUAUCCUGAUCUUCUCUAAGUCUGAACCGGAGCAUGUUCAGCAUGUUCGCAGUGUUCUCCAGAGGCUCCUGGAGAAUCAGCUGUUCGUGAAAGCGGAGAAAUGUGAAUUUCAUGCCACUGAAGUAACAUUUUUAGGGUUUAUCGUCAGGGCUGGUCGUAUCCUGGUGGACCCCACCAAGGUCAAAGCAGUGGCUGAUUGGCCUACCCCCACCACCCGGAAGAGGCUUCAGCAAUUCUUGGGGUUUGCCAAUUUCUAUCGUCGUUUCAUCCGCAAUUAUAGUUCUGUGGCAGCUCCCCUAACGGCUCUCACCUCCCAAAAACUCACCUUCCAGUGGUCCUCUGCUGCAGAAAGAGCAUUCGGUGAGUUGAAGUCACGGUUCUCGUCUGCUCCCAUCCUUGUCUUUCUAGAUCCAGAGCGUCAGUUUACUGUGGAGGUGGACGCAUCGGACUCCGGGGUGGGAGCAGUCCUCUCCCAGCGGGCAGCAGAGGACCAGAAGAUGCACCCAUGUGCUUUCUUCUCCUGCAAGUUGUCACCAGCCGAACAACAUUAUGAUAUUGGGAAUCGAGAGUUGUUGGCUGUCAAGUUGGCCUUGGAGGAGUGGAGGCACUGGUUAGAGGGGGCGGAGCAGCCGUUUGUGGUUUGGACCGAUCACAAGAACCUGGAGUACAUCCGGUCCGCCAAACGGUUGAGCUCCCGUCAAGCCAGGUGGGCAUUAUUCUUUAACCGUUUUGACUUUUCCCUCUCUUACCACCCAGGAUCAAAGAAUGUCAAGCCUGAUGCCCUGUCCCGUCAGUUCCAGUCCGACAGUGGCGCCACAUUACCAGAAAGUAUCCUCCCCUCCAAGGUUGUCAUCUGCGUUAUAACCUGGGACAUUGAGGAUAAGGUGAAGCAGGGUCAGGCUGAUCAUCCAGCGCCCAGUGGUUGCCCUGUUUGUCCCUGCGAAUCUACGCUCUCAGGUACUCCAGUGGGGACACUCUUCUCGGCUUGCCUGUCACCUAGGGGUUAGACGCACCCUAGCUCUAUUGA